AUAACAUUACUUUACGCUCCCCUUGAUUGAUAAUAGGAAGGCUUGAGCCCGCAGGUCUGCAAUGGCGGUGUGAUUCUCAUUAACGCUCUUCCUCCUCCUCCUCCUCCUCCUCCCCCCUCAUCUUCCUCUUCUUCUUCUUUUCUAGAUAUUUCUCUCAGGAGCUCUUAUUGGAGACCCUCUUAUGCCGGCUAUCGGAGCUCUGUUUCCCGGCCAGACGAGUCAAUCUUUGUGAGAUGUUGAUUUUUAAGUGAGAAAAGCUAAGAGCGUUUGGUUUGGUUAAAUAUUUGUGUAAAUCAAUCAAGAUGAAUGGGAAAUUUAACGGGAUUGGAAAUGGCGAAUUCAGCGGCGUGGAGUGCGAAUUCAUACGGAGGUUCCAUCGCCACCAGCCCGGCGAGAAUCAGUGUAGCUCCGCACUUGUGAAGCGCAUCAAAGCCCCAGUUCACCUCGUUUGGUCUUUGGUGAGGAGAUUCGAUCAACCACAGAAAUACAAGCCAUUUAUCAGUAGGUGCAUUGUGAAGGGGAACCUUGAGAUUGGGAGUCUCAGAGAAGUGGAUGUUAAGUCUGGGCUUCCUGCAACUACAAGUACAGAAAGACUGGAACUUCUUGAUGAUGAUGAGCAUAUACUCAGCAUCAAGAUAAUUGGAGGGGAUCACAGACUUAGGAACUACUCGUCCAUUAUUUCCCUCCAUCCGGAGAUCAUUGAUGGAAGACCAGGGACUCUUGUGAUUGAGUCGUUUGUUGUGGAUGUGCCUGAAGGGAACACAAAGGACGAGACAUGCUACUUUGUGCAGGCCUUGAUCAAGUGCAAUCUGAAAUCACUUGCUGAUGUGUCAGAGCGGCUUGCAGUGCAGGAUCAAACUGAACCCAUUGAUCGGAUCUGAGAGUUGGGGUUGAGGAUGUGGUAGAAGCUUGGACUGCCAUGGAUGAAGAUUCCAUGGCUUUCAUUUCUUGGAAGCUUUGGAGACAGACUGGCAAUAGUACUAGUUCCAACUUCAAAUACAUACGUGCACAUUUUCCUCGUCUUUGUUAUGUUAUUUGAAUUGCUUCCAGAAUUAUAUUCUGGAUUUCUCAUCUUUACUAGGUCAAGAUCCACAGCAUUUUUAACGGUUUCUAAAACUGUUCAUGAAUGGAAAAGGCUAUAAAAGUAAACAAAUUGAGGAAAAAAGCUAGUGUUUUCUUUCUCACUGUUUUCCCAGGUCGUGUUCAGUGGUUGUAUGCUUUUGUGGUUGUACAUAUGUGCCAGAAAGAGGUGAUUUUUGUAUAUUUGGCUAUAAGCUGUACUAAUUGUAGUUUCAAAUUGCAUUUAAUGAAA